AUGCCGAGCAACCCGGAACAGCCGAGGCGAGAUAUCUAUGUCGUCAUAAGUGGGCGCGGUGAAGAAUUGACCAAUAGGAUCGAUCGAAACGGUACACAACUAACGACACCUUCGGGUGCUCUCGGGAAUGUUUUGUCUCUCCUUGUCUCUUUUUCUCUCUCUGUCUCUGGGGUUUCUGUCCCCUUUCUUGCUGCCAAGCUGGAUUUCCUGCAGGUGAAGCAUCUAAAGAGGAAGAGGAAGAGCAACUACAGUGUGAGAGAAACACAGACACUCAUCAGGGAAAUCCACAAGAGGACGGACGUGUUGUUCUCCAGACAGCAGAACACAGCCAUUAAUGAGUUGAAGAGACAGGCAUGGGAGGAAGUGGCUCAAGGUGUUAAUUCCCUGGGGGAGGGAGAGCUACGCACUGCUGCUGAGGUGAAGCGUCGAUACCUGGACUGGCGUUCACUGGUGAAGAGAAAACAGCUUCGGGCUGAGCUCUCUCUCUCCUCCUCCUCCUCCUCCUCUGUGGCCCUGAAGACUGAGUACAAUCAGUUCUCCCCUGAGCACGAGGCAGCUUCUCUGGGAUCUGGGUGUGACCAGCUGCUUGACCUCUCAUGCCUCUCGAAGGACUGUCACUGUGACUGGCCGGAGCUGGCAUCUCUCGGGGAACCGAAUGGGCAGGCCAUGAUGGCACCGCUGGGUGUGAAGAUGGAGGACGAUGUCAGUGUAUACCGACUGGAUGGUGAUGGCGAAAUGGGAGAUGGGGAAUUAGAUGAAGAUGAUAUUCCCUCCCUCCUCAGUGACAUUGAGUCUCAUGGUGAGGGACAUGUUGGUGAUGUUUACUCCCACAACGACUUGGACAUGCUCAGCUCCUCAAAGGCUCCGACCUCGACUACCAACAGAGGCCUUCCACUCGCGGGUGGCCUGAUGGGGACGGCGGCCCAUGCUCUAGGUGGACUAACCAAUCAUGAAAACAUGGGGUCGGGGUUUCUGGUUGCUGUUGAGAAACAGCGAUUGGAGCUGGAAAAACAUCGCCUGGUUGUGGAAACUGAACGCCUGGCAGUGGAGAAAGAGCGACUGGUGGUGGAGAAGGAGCGGCUUCGUCAGAUGGAGGUAGAGAGGGAAAGGCUGCAGCUGGAGAGAGAGAGGUUACAGGUGGAAAGGGAAAGGCUGAGGCUUCUGCUCAUCAGCCAAUCAGAGCAGGUCGACUCCUCCUUUUACCUGCCGCCACAGCAAGGCCCGCCUUCAUCCUCCACGUCUUCUUUAUCUUCCACUCAUGAUGGACAGAGGGAGAGAGAUAGGAAAAGUAAAGCCGCCUGGAAGCCAAUGGUGGAUCUGGAGACAGAAAGGAUAAAACUAGAGAAGGAGAGACUACAGCUGGAGAAAGAGAGGCUGCAGUUUUUUAAAUUUGAGGCAGGCAGACUGCAGAUUGAGAGAGAACGCCUCCAAGUGGAGAAAGAGAGAAUGCAGCUGCACAAAGAUCAUCAGAGCCACUGAGAGAGAGGGAGAGGGGGAGAUUAGAUUUUUUACCAGAUUCAGGGGUACGUCUAAUACUGAAAACAACCCAGAAUGUGAAUUGCACGAGCAGCUGUUCCUUUAUCAAGUUCCUCACACACACAUCCUUAAAAAUGGUGUGAGGCACUUAAAUGAUCAUUCCUGACUUGAAAUCUGGCCAAGGAGAAGACUGAGAGAGAGGGCUGGCAUAUUUAUGACCAACAUGAUAAAGCAGUGCCUUAUGAUGCCUUCAUAAAAUGGGUGCUAGGACAGAAAAGAUGCCAUGAUGAUAAAAUCUAGGAUUUGUUUGGCUGGUUAGCCUUGAACAUAUUUGGUUUAUGAAAUGUUUAGCACCUCAUCCAAAUACACUAAUGCACAAAACGUGCAGUAUUAAACAUGAAAUGCUGGGAUAUCAAUGCAAAGCAUCCUUACCUUUGUGGUUUUAUAAUGUUCUAUAUGAAAGAAUGGAAUCAUGGAGUCUUACUCUGCAUUCAUGCACCAAAUCCGUGCCAAUUUUUUCUACUGCAUGGGUUUUUGUUUGUAUAAGUCAGCUUCAAACAUUCAAAAACAAAAGCACAGUAUUGUUACUUGUACAGAGAGAUUUUUAUGGUAUUUAUGUUUUGCUGUCAAGUGCUUGUGUUAAAAAUGUGUGACUCAUUGGCUCCAUUCGGCAGAACCGGAGUUUGCCGCCUGCACAGGGGUUACUAAUAACAUUUGCAAUGACUGUUCAGUCAUGACAGUGUGAAAGUGUGACACAAUACCCAACCCAAUCUCAUGGGAAUGUGUAUACAACAUUUCUGCACGUCACUAGUACGCAUUUUGUCUUUUUGCAUGUCAUUUAUGCAGCACUUUUCGUGUGGCAUUUAUACACUAUAAGGUUCAUUUUGUGAAACGGCUUUCCAUGUGUCUCACUUAGGUUUAAGAAAACGCUCAGCUUGUUGGGCUGAAAAAAAACUACAUCUACCAAGUACAAUACGUACGUAAACAAUCGUUGUUUAGCGGAUACAUUGACUUUGCAGUCAGUACAGACUACAUGGCGAACGAAUGACACGCAGAAACACAUAAAGGCGUUCUUAUUGCACACUACAUGAUCGAACACGACUAAUUGUCGAGUCAUUCAUACGGCAUUUGGUGAGAGCAGGCUGCAAUACCAGGACCCUGAAACUGAAGCAUCUUGAAUGGAAUCCAGCCAUCAUUAAUUUGAUUAUUAUUUACACCCGUUACUCUUCCUUUUGUGACAUGCCAGAAUGUCUGCUGUGAAAAAAAGGUCUAUUAAGAUGUACUGUUUUUGUCAUUAAGAUUUGCGGACUUGGAGAAGAACCUGAACAUCUGCGAUGGGCAGGUACUGGAAGUUAUGGUGUGCAUGCUAGAAAAAUGUAUAUGAUAUUUUCUUUUUGAAUGCUGUGUUUUCUCCAGUUUUGUUGUGCUACGAAUAUACUGUGAAGUGUUACUGGCUGCUGGAAACUAUAUUUUGCUAGUGUGUACUGAAGGUACUGUUGUCCAACACAUCAAACCCACUAUCCCAUUUGGUUUUGUAAAGAAUAACCCCUUUUUAAUGUUUGUCUGUUCAAGCAACUUGAUAUCAGCCCUUUUUAUUAUUUUCUUCAAAUAUAUGUACUUAUAAUGUUUUUUUUAUGAUUUCUUACUAAGUCCAUGUGCCUCUGUGUUGAUAAAUUAUUUCAUAUUUUUUUGCUGAGGAAAAGAAAUGUGACCUCCAGACAAAAUCUGUAAUAAUCAGAGUUUAAUAAAAUCUGUGUUACCCAUUCAAGCCCCAAAGUACUGCUUUUGAAAGCCAGCCUCUGUGGUCUCGCUCUUGCCUUGAUGUACUCUGCAUUGCCUUUGAAGAAUAAUGGUAAAAGAGAAUGAGAAGAUAAUUAGAAAAGAAACAUUUGUCUCCUCUGUAUUUAUGCUCCUCAGGAAGCCAAUUGGGGGAUCCUUGGAUCAAUGCAGGCUAAUAAGGAGAGACAAGCGUUUGAAAUCACUUUGAGAGCACUGAUGUGCUUCACAAACCCUGCAUCUCUAAAGAGUCAACUUUUUGGAGGAUUUUGGUACAAUGAUGUAAACCAGUGACACUUGUUCAUUUUUUUUUUUUGCAUUUCACAUUUAAAUUGUUUAUAGUAUUUGUGUCAUAGUGGUAUGAAACCACUUUACUGCAGAAGGAAGGCAUACAAUUAGAAUUGAACAGAGACAAUAACGCUGGUAAGAAAGCUCUUUUAAACUCUUAAAUCACCUGUGCUUCUACAGAUCCUUAUACGAACAUGCACGCUUACACACACACAUGGCGUAACUCAAAGCGUAACUGACUGCUGUGUGGACUGCUGUGUGGUGAGACAUGGCAGCAAAUGCCAGGUGGAGAAUAAAAUACCACAAUAUUUCUUUUUAAUACUUUGGGACUGUUUUUUUUUUUUUAAACUAAUACUUAAAUCUUCUUUUAUUAUGUCCUACCUUAAAUAUUACGGUAAUUCAGUCAAAUUAGGAAACUCAAAUCAGGCUGUACAAUAUUACAGUUCAGAGCUUUACAUCUAAAAUGAAAGAAAAACAUCAAGGAUUCUCAGCAGAGCAGAGAAAGCUGUAAGAAUAUACUGAAACAUUGUCCACCGACUGAGAUGCCCUCAAGGUCCUCUGGCUCACUGUUCCACUGGUGACCAAGAUAAGAACUAAAAAGCUGCUCAUAGCAUACAGAUCUCUUGCUACAGAUAAAAGGUCUCUGCCCAUGGAUUAUGAGCAUGUCUGACAUUCAGUAUACCCAGGUGGUUUGAGAUUUUAAAAAGAGUUUAUGUCGACCUUAGAGAUGAUCUUAUGGUCGCAGACUUGCUGCAGAAUUAUGAACAAUUUUCAUUUCACUGUGGUUUUUCUUUAACUGUAGAUUGGUGGGAAAUACAGUUAUGCUACUAAAUAAUCCCUUUGCUGUAUCAUUUUGUUUCAAGUUAAAAUGCUCUACGUGUGACAGUUAAAGGAAACAAUGUGCUAAGGCUCUCUACUUAAACAUGUUUACAUGCUUUAAUGUUCAAAAAACACUUUAUUUUUCUCAUUCUGUGUUAUUAAACAAUUUUUGGUGAACUUUGUGGAGUUUGAGAUUGGUGUGAAGUUAUUCAAAACUGGAAAGCGAAGCUGUUUAAAAGAAUGACAUUAUAAUGGCACAGGCUACACAAUUUUAAAUUGUUUCUA